AUGUUGACGUCUGGUUGGAAUACUGUCAUUUUGCUAUCAGUAACUACGACCCGAGUUCCGCAGAGUCUGCCAUGGUGGCACAGGAAAUAUUCGAAGCUGCUUUAUCCCAUCAGGGUCUAAAUGUGGCUUCCGGCACCGUCUUAUGGGAAGUUUAUCGGGAAGUUCAGUUCCUGAUAUUGGCUCAUUUAUCGAAGGAUCCAUCACAGACAGUCGAUGAACAUCUGCGACAGAUGGACAAACUAUUUCGCCACAUGCAAAACACGCUCACAGAAUACGAGGAAUUUCUCAAAGGUGUCGGGUCCAGUUUGUACUCUUCCACCGACAACAGAUCACCGGUCCCUCCAGAUUGCAUGGAUGAGUACAAAAAAGCCACUGCCCAGUUGGAAUCCUUGCUUGAAUUUGAGGAGAAAAUUGAAGAGGAUGUCCUCUCCGUGGAUAAGCCUCGACUUCUACGUACUUUUGCGCGGGCGGUUCGCAAUUGCCCAUGGUCUGUGACACUUUGGUUGCGAUACGCCCUAGCCACUGAGGUCACCGUGACUGAAGAGCUAGCGAAUGGUGGAACUAACGGAUUGGAUGGCACGGAACACAGUGACGCAGAGAAUCGGGCAUUCGCUAAGGUGGAAGCCGUUUUUGAAACUGCUGUGAUUUCAGGUUUUCAGGAGCCAUCCAAUCUAUUGCAGUUAUGGGUUGCUUAUUGCGAUUAUCGUCUGCGACGUUUGCUUCGUACCGAGAAGAAAUCAACUGAAUGGGAAAUUCAGUUGUCCAACCUGCGGGAUACAUUUACUCGUGCAUCUUCCGAACUGUUCCAACGUGAGUAUUCAUUAUGUUUUCAGUUUGUUGUACGGCGGGGCCUUCCAAUCUUGGCCGCGCUAUGCGUUUUUCCAUCAUAG